AUGUCACGGCGGUACAGACGAAAGCUUCGCAGGACGGUGAGCCGAGGACUUGUUCGCGUCAAUGCUGCUUCGGUUUUCGGUGAGAUCAUAUCUCGAAUUCCCGCCAGCCAAUUGUUCAUUCGAAAUGAAAAUUCACGUCACAAUAUGUCGCUUGGAAAUUCUUUGAAACCCAUUUUUAUUCAUAUCCAUGAUCAUAUCAUCGAAAAACUUACCUCGGGACAGAGUAAACAAGUAGGUUCAAGUAGAGCUAAUCGACAGCUGGUCGUGAACAAAUGUCCGUCGUCUCGUGGUGGGAUCGACCUUGGAAACACUUCACUAAACACAUUCUCCUUCCGACGUGUAGAUGUGGUCUGGCCUCGCUUUUGCAACUUGGUUAUGUUGUCAAGACGACUUCGAUGA